AAAACAUAAAUUUUAAUAUCAUUUCUCAUAAAAAAAAUUAGAUAAUGAAUUCGGUUUUUAUAUAGGAAUAUUUUCAGUUUUAACAUCAACGAAUAUCGUGACGAAUGAGUUGAAUAUUAUAAUAAAUUAUUUUAUUACAUUGACGCGAUUAAUUAAUUAUAAAGUUUUGUUAAUUAUUUAAUAUGGGUUAUAAUAAAAUUAGUCUUCAAUUGUUUUUUGUCAUUGGUUUCACGUCCGCUUUGGGUACAAAUUAUUGUCCGACCAAUAUGAAGUCCUUCAAAGUACUAGUAACAAACCCUACAGUGCCAGAAAUAGGCAUUAAAUUACUAACCGACCAAGGAUGUGAAGUGAUUCAAGUCUCGCAAGAAAACAGAGAAGAAAUUAUUAAACAUGCUAAAGGAGUAGACGCAUUAUUUUGGGCGUCGUGUCUCAGUUUAGAUAAAGAAGUUUUAGACGUUGCAGGUCCACAAAUGAAAGCGAUAGGUGUAAUGUCAGCUGGUUACGAUCACAUAGAUGUGGAAGAAGCUAAAAAACGCGGUAUUAAAUUAGGUAAUACGCCACAUCCUUUACAUGAUGCUGUAGCUGAUUUAGCUGUACUAUUAUUAUUAGCUGCAGCUAGAAGAGCCCACGAAGCUCGAUUAUUAAUUGAGAAUAACAAAUGGAUAACUGGAAAUUGGAAAUGGAUGUUGGGGCAAGACGUAACUAAUUCCACCGUUGGUGUUAUAGGAUUGGGAAAUAUAGGAUUGUCGAUCGUUAAAAGGCUCCAGGGUUUUAAUGUCAAACAAUUUUUGUAUACCGGGCACAAAGAAAAGAAAGAAGCGAGAGAAAUAGGGGCGAAAUUCGUUUCGUUAAACACCCUUUUGGAAGAAAGCGAUUUCGUUAUAAUAGUAGUACCUUUAACCGCCGAAACGAAAGGGAUGUGUGACGACGAUUUUUUUUCGAAAAUGAAAAAAACUGCGGUUUUCGUCAACGUCAGUCGUGGACCAGUUGUGGAUCAACCCGCUUUGAUUAGAGCUCUUAAAAACGGUCAAAUUUUCGCGGCAGGUUUAGAUGUUAUGACCCCGGAGCCUUUACCUGCAGAUCACGAAUUAACAACCCUACCAAAUGUCGUUCUUCUUCCUCAUUUGGGUAGUGCUACAAAUAACACUAGAGCAUCGAUGUCUAGUUUAACGGCGGAAAAUAUUUUAAAAGCAUUAGGAGGCGAAGAAAUGAUCACUCCAAUAUAACAAAUUAUUAAAGUUUUUUUUUUUUUAAAAAAAA